GUUUCUGCUCUUCUUCUUUCCCGUCCCCUGUAGCUCCCGAAAGCCCCUCCAAGCCGCCGGCACCAGCCUUUGAGAAACCGGUAGGAAGCUUGAAAUUUCUCCUUCUUUUCUUGUUCUAGAACACAUAUAGAACCCAGAAAUUUCCCCCCCUCUGCAGAAUUCCAGAUCUGCUCUGCUUUGUCCAUCCGCUGGUGCUGCUAGGCUCGAAUUUCUGGGCAUUUUUCUGGUAAGAUUCAGCCAAGAAAUCAUCCCUUUAACCUUGAUUUAGGCUGGGUUUACUUUAAUUGCUUUUAUUUCCUUCCAAUUUUGGUAGCCGUGAGAGUCCCCUGCAGAAAUUGCCGCCGGCUCUUCCCCAAAUUGCAGCUCUGGCCUUGCUUGUUGGAUUUAUGGUUCCUGAUCGUUCUGCUAGUUUAGCACUGGGAUCGAGUCUUCAGUUUUAUGCGAGUGAGGAAGCGAAACCGAGGACGGGGAAACCACGGGGAGUGACGAGUUAGAAGGCUAGCCAUUUCGAGAUUGAUAUAGAUUUUAGAAAUAAAUCAUGCUUUUGUAAGAUAAAUUUUACCUUGAGAUUUUGAGCUUAAGUGUUGAAUAUAGAAUUAAUUUGAAA